GGGGCGCAGCGGCGGGAGCAAGACGCUGUUCCUCAGGCCUCCCAGCCCGGCGCUGAGGGCGAGCGCACCUGGCUCCAGCGCCGCAGCCGACCCGCGGCACCAGUGCCCGGGGCAGGCCCGUGUCGGCCCAAGCAGGCUUAGGGCGGGUGCGCGGGGCCGCUCCGGAAGCCUUCCCUGCCGGCCUCUGGCCCCCGGGAUGGAGACCCCGGGACCUGUAGCAAGGACAAGCCAACAGUUUUUUUACUCUUUCGCUUUUCCUUUUUUUUGUGUUGCGUCUUCAGAUUCUGCCGGUCUUGUGUUGACUGGGAGGCCUGAACACGCGGCCGCUAGGCCUGUGCUUCAGCCUACCCUUCCUUCGGCGUGUAGCCAGAUCUGGUGUGGGGGUGGGUGACCACCCAGGGCGCUGUGGUUAGAGGCCACGGCGCCCCCUGGUGAGCAGCAGGGAGCGGUGCCCCCCGUCGGCCCUGAGCUGCACGGGAUGCCGUGCACAGGGGUGGCAAUAGUCCCUGCUCCUGCCUGGGUGGGAUGGGGUUGCACAUAUAGGGAGCCCCAGGUGAGGACUGGUGGCCUGUAUAGGGGAGCAGGGAAGGGAUCUGGCCAUGUCUCGCCUGCAGGUUGGCUGGUUGAGUGGCAGCCCCUGUAGGAGCUCAGUGGUGGCCUCAGGGCACUGGUGCUGUCUCUCUUCCCCCUCCCCCCAGCACUGGUUGCUCAUCAGGCUUCUGCUUCCUCCACUUCAGCUCCAUGGGCUGCAGCUCCCUGUUAUAGGCAGAUGUCCUGCCCAGCUCCCUGGCUGGCGGAUGGAGCCCCUCUAGCAGGUCAGCAGCGCUGCUGACUUGGGGAAGAGGGGGGGUGCCAAAAUACAAAUUUGCUCAGGGUGCCAUUUUCCCUAAGGCCAGCUCUGCAUAUAGCCCAAUCCCUCUCAGUGGAAUGAGGCAAGCAUUGAGCAUCUGUGUUUUUUGUGGGGGGAGUUACAUGCUUGGUUUUUUGUUUGUUUUUUUGGAAUGACAUCUCCUUUCUUCUGGAUAGAUAUUGGGAAAGCAUCACUUUUUCUUUCGCAGUUGAAUGUUUUUUUCUUACAGAACCACCAUAAGGUUCUCAAAACUCAAUCAUUAAUGUGAAAAAUCAAAGAUCAGCUUCCAGUUUUCCAAGGGCUUUCAUAUCUUGAAAUUUCAAACAUGGAAACUGAAUCUGAGUUAAAGAAAGAGAAGUUGCACCAACAUCCCUUCUAUUGCAAUACUCACUUCCUGGGAUACAAACACAAAACAGUUGAAGAAGCUCUAAAAGCCCAUGGCAUUGUUAAAACGGUCAGUGGUUCAGGAGAUCAAGCAAAAGCUCCUGUAAAACUUCCUGAUUAUGUUCAAACCGAGCCAGAAAAGUUUCAAGGACAAACCCUGGAAGAACAGCUUAAUACAUGUAAAGAUUCGGAACCUGCACUUGGACUUGAUUAUAUAAUUGAAUACCGCUCAAAAGACAAUUUCCCUGUUCUCUAUGAAUGUCAGCUGUGUCACUGCCAAACAGGAUUGAGUAACAUGUUCAUGCAUGUUUAUGGUGCUAAACAUAGAAUGGCAUAUCUGAGGCAACAUUAUCCUGAGAUAGUUGAAUCAGAUGAAGUUAGAGGUCGAGGUUCCGAACUGAACAGAAGACUUAAACAAGUUGCAGCAACUAUUGAAAUGAAGGAAGGAAGAAAACAAAUAAAGGUCAUAAUGGAUCCACCUAUUAUGAAGAGAAAAUGGCAAGAACAUAACCAUUCAAAAGCUAAAGUUCAGCAUGUGGAUGUGACAACUAUCAGUGAAGGAAAGGCAGAUGGUAACAAUGAAGAUAAACAGACAGAUUCUACUCAAAGUCUAUCUUCUCAAGGUGGAAAAGAUACUCAAGACAAACUGGAAAAAAGCCAAAUAAAAGAAUCAAAAGCAGAUAAGCUAGAGACUAAGGAAGCUGUUGAAAGCAGAAAAGACAACAACACUGACGGGAAUAGCAAAGACAGCAAGGCAGAGUGUGAUGACAGCAGACAAUCAAAAGAUGAAAAUCAGGAUGUCAAGGAUAAACAGCAAGAGGCUAAUGAUGUAAAUUCUGAAGGGUUCACCAGCAAGGAUGAACUACUAGGAUUUUUGCAAGGUUUUGAGAUACUGAAUGAAGAGGAUGCUUCAUUUAUCCUAAAGGUUACACAAAUUCUUACAGAUGCUUUGGUGGAAUAUCGACAACAGGUUGCACCAAGAAAAGAAAACUCUUUAUCUGUAAUGGAAAGAAAUGAACCCCAACAUUCUUCAGCUGGCUUUUUAGGAACAUUUUAUGAAAACGAUGUCACUGCAGAAUUCUUAAACAGUGUAAGAAACAUGGAUGUUGAUGAAGUUACUACUACUCUACACAAAAUAGCUGCAACAAAUCCAGCCUUCAGAGGAAUUGACAUUCCAAAUGUGAUAAGGAUCCUGACUGAAAGUGGGAAUCUUAGAGCACUGGACUGUUAGAGCACUGAGCAAUGGCAGUAAGCAGCGAUAUAAGAAAAUAAGGGUUGGUUUGGAAACACUGUAUUAACAUAAACUGAGGAUUUGUCUUUUACUUUAAGUAAACUUGUAUACAAAUAAAUUCAGUGUAUCUACAUUUUGUACAGUUACUUUUCAGAACUACAGAUUAGUAGUUUCAUUUGACAGGUUUAUGUUGAUAUCCAAAUAAGCUGACAGUCUGUGUUUUUAGAAGGAGAAUGUAACACUGAAAUUUUUCCUUUCUCUUUUGUACAAACAUUUUCAUCACUUUUGAAAACUAUGGUAUAGCUAUAUCUAGGCCAGAUGUCUUCGGGAUCAUAUGCCAGAGGUAUAACAUUUUCUUUUAACUCUUCAUUUAAAUGUGAAUAAAUGGAAGACUGUUUUUAAGGGCCAUCGGUCCAGCAUUUUUAAUUAACGGUCAAAUAAAUCAUAUUUGUGACUAAAAUGUCAGUAUUGUAAUAUUUUUAUUUCAAGUGUAUUUCAAGUUAUUUCAAGUUUCUGUGUAUAAAAAUUAUACAUUAUAUAGAUAGACUUUUUGCCUCAAGAUAUCUUUUAUAAUAGAAUGUAACACAGAGAGAUCUUUAUUUACAAUAAAUAUUUUUAAAUAGUUUA